AUGAGGGAGAACGCUGACUGGGCGACUGAGACGCUGCGCCAGUGGGCGGGCGAAGCGGAGGCGGCGGGCAACGCGGCGAAGGAGGCGGCCGGGGAUGCGGCCAGGAAGGCUGGGGACAAGUUGGAGGAGGCUGCCGGGGCUGUGCCCACCGGCGAGCAGGGCGCCGCGUCUGCCACCGCCGCGGACUUUGCGGCGGAUGCGGUGGGCGAGAAAGCCGGCCCCCUGGGGGCGCAGGGUGCCGAGGCGGCCGACGCGACCAAGGAGGCGGCCAGCAGGGCUGCAGAUGAGGUUUCCCGCCAGGCGGAUGCGGCCGCCGCCACCGCGGGCGGCCUGCUGUCUGGCCUGCGCAGCACGGCCGUGGCCGCCCUUGGGGCGAUGCUGGGGCCCCUGGAGCGGGAGGGUGCGUUCGACGGCACCGCGGCUGUCGUGACGGGCCCCUCCGAGCCUAUCCCCGUCGAGCGGCUGAGUGCUGACGAGGCGGCGCGCCUGGAUCGUGCGCGCGGCGCGGUGGAGGGGGACGCCGUGCGCGUCGCCGGGGAGAAGACUGACCGCGCGCUGGGAGUCCGCGAUGCUGGCGGCCGCGACGCCCGCCGCAGCGAGGGCAGCGGCCCGUCGGCGGGGGCCCCUGUGGGUGAUGAGGAGCUGGGCGUUGCCGACAAGGUCAAAGAUCGUGCACAGGCCGCCCUCGACGACGCCGCCACCGCCGCCGGCGCCGCGUUUGGCCACGCCGAGGCCGCCGCCGCCCAGGCCGCCGAAGCGCUCGCGCGCCAGCAGGACCACGGCCCCGCCACGCUGCACAUCGGCAACACCGAGGUCGAGCUGCGGGAGCCGUUUGCGCCGGCGGCGCCGCCGUCCAACACUGAGGACAUUCUGGCGGAGCGCGCGCGCGCCGCGGCCGCGCAGGCGGAGGAGGAUGCUGCGCGGGGGCCGGCGCGGGUGUGA